CUUCGUUUAGUUAGCAUGCCGGCGUCCUAUCCUAUGUCCAUCAUGUUGUCACUUUGCUGUCACUGUCAAUUUCCAACUGAACAUUGUGUUCUUUGCGGCAUUUUUGUCGAAAUAAUUUUGGAAUAAAAUACUAAAUAAAACACGAUUUUUACAAUGGCCGUGAACAGUGCCACGUCUUUCGUGUUAUCAUCAAUUUUGACCCUGCUCAUAUUUUCGGGAAUGCAGAUGUACAAACCACUUUUGAUAAGAUCACCAAUUACUAUAAUAUUUGGUGGUUACCUUGGGUCCCUGAUGUUCUUAUUCUUCGUUACUGCCAUUGGUAACUUGGAGGCAACUAUGUUUGGCAAGAACUUUCAGCUCAAGUUACCUGAAAUAGUCUUGUCUAUGGCUAUUUCUUUAAUUGCUGCCGGCAUGGUGCACAGGAUCUGUUUCACUACAUGUUUGAUAUUCUCCAUAAUUACAAUCUACUACAUGAACAAGUUGUCACAAAAAACAUAUGCAACAGCAGCCCCGGUAGCAGUAUCAACCAAAAGUCGACGUCACAAAUGAACACAUUAAAAUAAUAAGUGUACUUUUUCUAUUAUUGAAUAAAAAAAAUUUUUUAAAA